CCCACAUAACUUCCAGGGAAUGAUAAUUAGCGCUCAGAUACAAAAGGGAGACGGCAGAGAAACCUCAUGGUCAGAUCAGAUGUUGGCAGCGACUUGAUAAUCGCGCAGGAUUGUUGUAGGGUAGAAGUGGGGGAAGGAGUUUCUGAUGCAGGAGAAAAAGGGGGUGAUCUGUGAAACGUCAGGAGCAGCACAAAGGCUUUGCCACGUAAUUACAGGCAGUUAUUAAGGCGAUCUGCCCUCCCCAGGGUCUCCAAUUUUCAUUUAUCCCUCUGCAGAGUCUCCCCUUUCCAUGCCAGUGUGGAGCUUUUGAUGUGCCAAAGAGUUGCUUGAUCCAACUGAAAGGAGGAAUCGUUGGAAAGAAAAAGAGGUCCCCAGACUAUUGCAGACUCCCUUCCCUCUGCAAGAAGAGAAAACGAAAGACGUUUUUUGUUGCUGUUGCGCAUACAUCUGCAAGACAUCAUCAUCCUCUGUGCAACCCAAUUCACUCCUGAGAUUGGAGAGAGAGUGCAGGGGAGAGAGAGGGAGGGAGGAAGGGGAGAGAACACACUUUGCUAUCAAGAUGCGUCAGGGCUGAGAACUUUCUGCUCUUGGACUUUCUCUCUUGGAUUAAGGAAUAUACACCAGAAAUAAAUCUCCCCUUGCUGUCUGAGCGACUGCGCAUCGAGGAGACAAAUCUUCUGGAGAUCGGGCAAAACUUGGAUUAUUCUCUAGAUCCCAAGGACUUGGGACUUCUCCACUGAUCGCGGCGCUGAGAAGCAGGACUAGCUCAGCUUGAUCUCACCCGUUUUUGGAGAUUCUGUAUCUCGGUCUUCUCCUUCAAACUUGAGUGGAACCAUCAUGACCUCCAGCUAUAACCACCACGUUCUGGACAGGCAGGGCCCCCUGGGCAGCCGCUUGGAGAGUCCCAUCACUGCCAGUCUGGACAAUUUACAAGCCAAAAAGAACUUCUCGGUGAGUCACCUGUUGGAUCUGGAGGAAGCUGGGGAAAUGGUGGGGGCACAAGCCGAGGAUGGAUCAGGGGAAGCCGGCAGGAGCUUACUGGAGUCCCCGGGUUUGACCAGUGGAAGUGACACUCCUCAGCAAGAAAAUGAACAGAUGAAUGCAGAACAGAAGAAAAAGAGAAAGCAAAGGAGAAACAGAACUACAUUUAACAGCAGUCAACUGCAAGCUCUGGAAAGAGUGUUUGAGAGGACGCAUUAUCCAGAUGCUUUUGUAAGAGAAGACCUAGCACGCAGAGUUAACCUCACUGAAGCCAGAGUCCAGGUUUGGUUCCAGAACAGAAGAGCCAAGUUCCGCAGAAAUGAAAGAGCCAUGCUGGCAAACAAGAAUGCUUCCCUUCUCAAAUCCUAUGCAGGAGAUGUGACCGCUGUGGAACAGCCCAUUGUACCCCGCCCAGCCCCGAGACCCAAUGAGUAUCUCUCCUGGGGCACAGCCUCCCCAUAUAGUGCCAUGGCGACCUAUUCCUCUACCUGUGCCAACACCAAUCCUGCCCAGGGGAUGAACAUGGCCAACAGCAUCGCCAACCUUAGGCUGAAGGCAAAGGAAUACAGUUUACAGAGGAACCAAGUGCCAACAGUCAAUUGAAAAAAAGGCUGACUACAGAAAUACUAUACUAUUGCCAAAUGCCUUCUUGUAAUAACCAAAACUUUGACUUUAUAAUGGGAUAACGUGGAGAUGAGCAGGGUACAAACUGAUAUGUUAUGAAACAUCCCUUUUUCCUUCUUGGAAAAUGCCACCAGCUAGUUUCCAUUUUGUUUUCUUUUCAUGCUUUGCUUUCUAUAGUAAAAAGCUUAUCCUGCUCAAAAACAAUUUGCCUCUGUUACACGGACAAGUCAGUCUUAAUUCACAGCACCAGCCACAAGCAGGGCUGCCAUCUAAAACCCAUUUUUUUCAGUUGGGGCCCUGUACAAGUGUCACUUUUGGGGUCCCUUGUGCCUUACCGAACAAUUCAAGAUUUAUUUUUCAAGGCCUGAGCAAUGGUUAGGGCCCACUAUCGCUGUAUCCGCUGUACCCACUGAUGGCUGCCUUGGCCACAAGACCUAACAAAUACCAUUCAAAAAUACCUUAAUUUUGAUGGACACAAUUGUUUUAGUUGCAAUUUCGAAAAAUGACUCGAGAAAAAAAGCCAUUACACUUAAAAUAAGCACUUCUUCAUAUUGCUAAAUAUCAAAGGAACGGAAGAGUUUGAAAUAAUCAAAAUGGUACCAAAAUUAGCGGCUCUUAUUUAGUCUGUAUAUACUAAUCUCUACUUGUGAUCACCGGUUUAGAGCUCAUUUCGGAGAUGGACUGUGUUUCUUUUUCAGCUGAUCUGUAUUGUACCCAGCCUGAAAGAACCUUUUUAUUUCUACCAUAAGCUAAAUAUCGUGGAAACAAAUGAGGCGCUUAUUUGUAUUACAUAUUCCUUUAUCGGAAGGGAAGAUGCCUAAAGUAGUAUCUAUUAUGUAAAAGUAUUUCUGUUGGAAAAGACAUAUUUUAGCUUGUUCUAUUCAUUUAUAGAAGCAUCUUGUAUGGCCGCCAUGAAAUUAAACAUGAAAAUUAAUAUCAGAAGACAUUUUCUGUGCAGAUUUUAUGUCUACUUUUAGUAACAGUUUAAUGUCAGCCAGAGAAAUGAACUUAUAGUAACAAUGGAACAAUGGAGUAAACUGUUUGACUGGUUAUGUUCCCCCCCUUUUCAAACUGGCAAUCUGUGGGUUCUGGCAACUGCCAGAGGGGCCGUUAUAAGUUGCCAUAGACAGUCACUCUUUAUUGGGCCUGUGGGGGCAGUUUGGGCCUCUGUGUACUUGAAAUUCCAGGGCCUAUUUUGAAACCCAGUCCAGACCUAACCCAGUGUGUUCCAAAUAAUCAUAAAAUGCCUUAAGAUUUUGCCAUAAUAAAAGAAACACAUCAACAGGGGUUGGGACAGGAAGUAAUGUGAUGAAAUUGAAAUGGUUACCAGGGUUGGUUCUGCUCCUAGGAGAGGGCGUUUGGUUCCUAGGCUGCUUUUGAAAAAUCCUACCCAUUCUCUUACAGAAAUUAUGGGAUGCUAUAAGGGGUGUAUCAUAGCCUCCCAUCCAGCCCUACCUGAGUCAUCUGUGGAAUGACCUGGCCAAUGGUCAGAAUGAAUGGGAUCGCCCAUAAUCUCAUCAUAAGAGAUGCUACUAAAGGAUAUGCAGAACAAAAAUCCAUUUUACAUAAACAAUUUACAAUAAUGUAAAAAAAUUGUUAUGUUUUCUAAAGAAAGCAAUGUAUUUCUACUUUAGUUUGUCCUAAAAAAAAAUUCAGGAAACAGUGUAGUUACUGGUGUAAAAUUUUGUCUAGAUCUAGUAACACGUUUAGUGAUCUAUUUAGCUCAUCUACAUGCAGGUUAUGGGCAAGGUUUCUGGCCACCCUUAACCCAUAUCAAGCUUAAUAAAGGGCCCAGGGGUGCCUGAAACAUUGCUGUAUGUAUAUAAAUAAAUCUCAACCGCUUCCUUUUAGCAAUCUCAGUUUGCUACUGGAUUUCUUCUAUGUUCUACAAUCAGAUGUUAGCUGUCUUAUAGUUGACCAAUGACUUCUACCUGGUUGCUAGGGGUUACCAGACAUGGGACAGGCUUUGCACCUGUUAUUACAUUCCUUUGACUGUAGAGUUAUGUACAGGGUAUUACAUAUAGCUAGCUGCCAGGACCAUGAAGACUAGUGACUAAUGUAAUAAUAGUUGCAACUGGUUUAGUAACCCAAAACAUCCAAUCAGCAUGCAGCAUUAACUGGUCAGCUGUUUGAAAAAAAUCACUAUGUGUUACUAAACCCGGGCAAACCUUGUACUAUUUAUUACACAACCCUAUAGAGUGCUAGUGAUGAGCAUGACAAUAACACGUUACUGUAUCUAAAAGUUGAUCCACAUUUCCUUGCAUACUCCUGGUGCAGCUCAGCGUUUCGCUUUGUGGAUACCUGAACUAAGUCUAAUAUUUAUGACUCCCAAUGAACAUAGGACAGCGUUGCCCGCUCUGCAAACAGUUUUUGCUCUCACAUCUGUUGAAGUAAAUACACCCUCAUUCCAAUACAAAUUCCAUAAAAAGACUUGAUUUGUAAUUAUUCUGUCUGUUACAUUUUGUACCACUGACAAAGUUGUCAAAAUGCAUUAUAUAUAAAUAUAUGUGUAUAGAUAUACUUGCCCGCUUCUUAGGAUUUUGUUUUUUUUUUGUUUUGUAAAAAAAUUAAAUAAAAGGAAAUAUUUUAAAGCA